ACCUUGUAUAAAUUCGCCUUGAGAUAAGUCAACAAAUUAUUUAUUCAGGGGUUAAAAAACUACUUGAUUUUUAAUAUGUCUACAGAAGAAAAUAAUGUUGAAGAUGAACUAGAUAGCUUAAAUCAUGAAAUACAAGAACUACGCCGAAAGUUAGCUUUCAAGACUCGACAACUUCAUAAUUUGGAAGCAGCCCAACGUGCCGCUAAGGCUGACUGCGGAAUCGAAAAAGACUUGGACGGAGAUGUUCACACGCCGCGAGUAAAUGACCUUUCAAAUGAUGAAAUCGAACGAUAUAGCCGUCAACUCAUACUCCCGGGUUUCGGCGUGGCUGCACAAACAAAGCUUAUAAACUCUUCCUUUCUAAUUAUAGGAAUGGGCGGUCUUGGCUGCCCGGCUGCUCAAUACCUGAUUGCUGCUGGAAGUGGCCGCCUGGGUUUGGUAGAUUACGAUACGGUGGACCGGAGCAAUUUACAUCGUCAAACAUUGCACACUGAAGGAACGAUUGGUAUGCCGAAAGUUGAAUCUGCCAAAUGCGCACUUGAGCAACUCAAUCCAAAAUGUCAAAUUGUCACCUACAAGGAAAUGUUGAACAGCAGCAACGCUAUGGAAAUUAUAGAACAGUAUGAUUUUGCUUUGGAUUGUACGGACAAUGUUGUUACACGUUACUUGCUCAAUGACGCGUGUGUACUUUUGAACAAACCUUUGGUGUCGGGCAGCGCUUUACAAUUUGAUGGUCAAUUAACUGUUUACCAUCACGGUAUCACAUGCCCGUGCUAUAGAUGUCUAUUCCCUGUACCACCACCACCACAUGCGGUAACAAACUGUGGAGAUGGCGGUGUAAUGGGUGCAAUCACAGGCAUAAUAGGUUCCCUACAAGCAUUAGAAGCUAUAAAAGUUGCUACAGGAGUAGGUGAAACACUAGCUGGAAGAUUACUCAUCUUUGAUGGAAUAAAUAGCAUGUUUAGAAAUGUAAAGCUGCGUGGGCGACGAAGUGAUUGCAAAGUUUGCUCAGAGAAUCCAAUGAUUACACGACUGAUCGACUAUGAAUACUUCUGUAGUAUGCAUGCGACAGAUAGCAAUCAGCCUCUACAACUUUUAUCACCUGAUGAACGUUUCAACGUAUUGGAAUAUAUUAAUUUGAGUACACAACCACAUUUGCUAAUAGAUGUACGGCCACCGAAUGAGUUCGAGAUUUGUCGUCUGCCCUCAGCAGUUAAUGUACCACUGAAGGAAAUAUUGGACAAUAGAUUUGUGGAACGUUUUUCGAAAGAAUUUGCUGAUGACAAACUACCAAAAAUUUUAAUUUGUCGCAGGGGCAACGACUCCCAAAUAGCAGUGCAACACAUACGAAACAAGUUUCCGAUUCAGACAAUACGGGAUAUCGUUGGUGGUCUUUAUGCAUGGCAUUAUAGUAUAGAUAAAGAGUUUCCGAUAUACUGAAGCAUACGAUGUAAAAACUGUAUAUAGUUUAUGGUUAUGUCUGUAAAGUUUUUAGUGUAUCUGAAAUAUGUAUGAUUGUACUAUGUAUGUUUAUAGAAUAAAUACACGUACGAUGUUUUGAUUCCA